GUAAGGUAGCCAAACGAAAAUCCUCAAAAGUACCUCCUGGGCUUUUAUACGGAAUCCGUUUUCCCCUUCUCCUUCAACUCUUUCUCUCAAAAUCAUCCAUUUUUAUUUCUUUUCGUCUCUCCUUCAAUCUGAGACCUUCACCGACCGUGCACCAGUCUCUUGGUGCUCCGCCAGAGGUGGCUCUGGUGCUACUUUACCCGUAUUGUACUCCCCUACCCAGGCACUCUCCAGUUGGCAGUACCUAGGUAGGUAAGGGUACUAACUGUAACUGACCUUCCUGCGGAAAGGUAGCUCUAGUCCCGCGCCGCCCCUCGCUCUCCCCUCCACAGCCCCUGGACUUGACCCUCCCCUGAAACUUGUCCGCCAUCUCGACUCCCACCUCAGUCUUGAUUCUUUUCACCUCUUCAAGAGUUGUUCACCAACUUGUCGAUACGAUACAGGGCGAAACGAGGCGAUCGAGACGCCGCAAUCAGACAAGAUGGAUCCCAACAACAACAACAAUCGCCUCUAUCUCAAUUUUGGCAACGGCAGCGACCGUUUGACCGCCUCGGACAGGGCAGCAUAUCCCACUACGCCUUCGACCUUCCCGCAGCCCGUUUUCCCUUCAGCUUCAGGUCAACAGCCUGGUGGAUUGCAACCCCAAGGUCAACAGCAGCAGCAGCAAUAUGCUGGUGGUUAUGCGCCCCAGGGUUACUUUAAUCAGAACCAAUAUGCCCAGUAUGGCGGCCAGCAACAGCAGCAGUCCAAUGACUAUGCUCAGGGUGCUGGGUAUCAACCACGAUCCAAUACCCCGGGCACCAACGACCCCAACACAGGUCUCGCUCACCAGUUCUCUCACCAGAACCUCGGAGGUGCUGCUCGAGGGCAAGGUUAUGCUCGAGGUCCCUCUCCGGGUCAGCGUCCAAGGACCGCUGGUAGUACAGGACAGCAGCCUGGCUACAACAGCUACAUGAACGCCCCUCCUAUGCCUACACAGGCCUCUGCCCCCGCAGAAGAAUUCCAACGUGCACCCGAGCGAAACCCUGAUCGAUAUGGUACAAAUGCCAAUAGCAACCAAAAGAAGUGUUCUCAGCUCGCCGCCGACUUUUUUAAGGAUAGUGUCAAGCGUGCCCGCGAGCGCAACCAAAGACAAAGUGAAUUGGAGCAGAAGCUUCAGGACCCCUCACAGGGCGCCGCUAGACGUGAGCAGCUCUGGUCCACUGCUGGCAGAAAAGAAGGCCAGUAUCUGCGUUUCCUUCGUACCAAGGACAAGCCCGAAAACUAUAAUACUGUAAAGAUUAUCGGAAAGGGUGCCUUUGGAGAGGUCAAGCUUGUGCAGAAGAAGGGUGAUGGCAAGGUCUAUGCUAUGAAGUCUCUGAUAAAGACGGAAAUGUUCAAGAAGGACCAGCUUGCACACGUUCGAUCAGAGCGAGACAUUCUCGCAGAGUCCGACAGUCCAUGGGUCGUCAAGCUCUACACCACCUUCCAGGACUCAUACUUCCUCUACAUGCUAAUGGAGUUCUUGCCUGGUGGAGAUCUAAUGACAAUGCUUAUCAAGUAUGAAAUUUUCUCGGAGGAUAUCACUCGCUUUUAUAUUGCGGAGAUUGUUCUCGCUAUUGAGGCUGUCCACAAGUUGGGCUUCAUCCACCGUGAUAUCAAGCCUGACAACAUUCUCCUCGAUCGCGGAGGACAUGUCAAACUCACAGAUUUUGGCCUGUCAACGGGCUUCCACAGGCUUCAUGAUAAUAAUUAUUAUCAGCAGCUGUUGCAAGGCCGAUCAAACAGGCCUCGCGACCGUAACUCGGUUGCGCUUGACCAAAUCAACCUGACAGUCAGCAAUCGAUCCCAGAUCAACGACUGGAGACGAUCUCGAAGACUUAUGGCGUACUCGACCGUCGGAACUCCUGACUACAUUGCUCCUGAGAUUUUCACUGGCCACGGCUACACCUUCGACUGUGAUUGGUGGUCACUCGGCACGAUCAUGUUCGAGUGUCUGGUCGGCUGGCCUCCUUUCUGCGCCGAAGACAGCCAUGACACCUACCGCAAGAUUGUCAACUGGAGACAAACUCUGUACUUUCCAGAUGAUAUCACACUGGGUACCGAUGCGGAGCAUCUUAUCCGAAGCAUGGUCUGUAACACAGAGAACCGUCUCGGCCGUGGUGGUGCCCACGAAAUCAAGGGUCAUGCUUUCUUCCGCGGUGUUGAGUUUGAUAGCCUGCGCCGUAUCCGCGCACCCUUCGAGCCUCGCUUGACCUCCAACAUCGACACGACUUAUUUCCCUACUGAUGAAAUUGAUCAGACCGAUAACGCCACUGUCCUCAAGGCACAGGCUAUCCAGCAAGGCCACAAGGUUGAGGAGUCUCCAGAGAUGAGCUUGCCAUUCAUCGGCUACACAUUCAAGCGAUUUGAUAACAACUUCCGAUAAAUGGGUUGAGGUGGCAUGGCUUGCGGCAUGGUCUCUCCACGAAGCGAACCCAGUUCUGUGAACGGGCGCUGUCGAUGGAAAAAGGGGCGGCAACCCGGAUGAGUACAACGAGUCCUUCAAGCAGUUAUUCAUGACAUGAUAGACGAAGCGAAUACUGUGCGAGGCUUGCCCUUUUGUUGAGCCUUUUGGCUGUUUCGAUGCAUGUUUUUGAUGAUACUAUGGUAGCAGGUCUGGUUCAGAUGGAGGGGCAUACAAAGUCGGUCAGGACGUUUGCUGUCUGCAAUUUGCAUCGCAUUAUACAGGACAUGUAACAAAACACGAGGUUUCCAGACACUGCUAUACAAGUCAAUAAUAAUAUACUGAAGCAAAACAUAUGGAGAUGUACCGUGAUAGGGCAUGUAUCUGAGCUGUGUUGUUUGAGACAUGCCAUUUGAAAUACAGUCUA